CAAAGUUUGCUAUUUAAAAAAAUAUAGUCUAACACAUACUCGUAUUCAAUUAAACCACUUCCUGUACGUGUACUUCUGCAUUGAAGUAUUUGUGUAACAGUUGGCUGUACUAGCUUAUCCCCCACUGCUGUUGAGAGUAUUAAACCUUUACAGGAGGGGAAACGUUGAAGCCGAUUGCGGAUCGGAUGUGGGGGUGAUUUCCGGGAAAAACAAGACAUUUGGUGUUUCCCAAAAAUGUUUUUAUCCUGAGCUGACACUGGAGUGACAGACGGAAGGGGAGACUUGAGUUAUUACAGUUUAAGAAGCCCUCUGGUGCCAGUUGAUGCAGUACCGUCUCCAUCCGACAGGGGCCAGUGUUACUCCGCAGGCAGCGGGCGAGAGGGCAGCUGAGGUGCCUCGCUUGUGAUUGGUGGAGAAUGAAGAAGUGUCGUGUGGGUGUAAAGAUGACGCAGAGACGAUGUGCAAGUUGGAGAUGUUAGAAGUGAGCAUUGCUGUUGACCUGUUCAGGCAGUUGACCAGGCUGAAGCAAGACUAAGGCAUGGCGUCUUAGUAGGGUCAGUGGCAGUUGGACGAGCUGGUCUUGGUAGCCACACAAGACCACGCUACGACAAGGCCCAGGGACGAGAGAGACGUCAGAUGGUGCAGGGAGAGAUCCGUGCAGAGGUGGAAGAGGAACGCCGAACCAGGACAGUGGCCAUGCGCCAGCAAGGAGCAUGGACCAAUUGGGACCAGGCAUCGGCACGGAAGAUCACCUGGUCAGAACUUUGGAAGUCGGAACCAGCCAGACUCAAGUUCCUGAUUCAGGCAGUGUACGAUGUGCUCCCAAGUCCAUCAAACCUUCAUCGCUGGGGGCUAGCAGAAACCCCAGCAUGCCCACUGUGCUCGACAUGGGGUUCCCUGGAGCACAUCCUGAGCUGCUGCCCGAAAGCCCUGGGAGAGGGGAGAUACACGUGGCGCCAUGACCAGGUGCUGAAGGCAGUAGCAGACACCAUCUGCACCGGGAUUCAGCAGAGCAAGCACCAGCCCCCGGUUAGGCAAAACAUCACUUUCGUCAGGGCUGGGGAGAAACACCCAGCAGGACAUAAAGUCCCGACCGGACUGCUAGCCACAGCCCGUGACUGGAAGUUGCGAGUGGACCUCGGGAGGCAACUUAAGUUUCCAGAGCACAUAGCCAGGACGUCACUGAGGCCAGACCUGGUCUUAACAUCGGACGCCACAAAACAAGCGGUGCUGCUGGAACUUACAGUCCCCUGGGAAGACCGGAUGGAGGAGGCCCACGAGCGGAAGAAGGCCAAAUACCUGGAGCUGGUGGAGUUGUGCAGAGAGAGUGGCUGGAGGGCCCGCUGUGAGCCAGUAGAAGUGGGCUGCAGAGGCUUUCUAGGGCAGUCGUUGCAUCGAACACUCAAGCUCCUUGGCAUCAGAGGGCUGCAAGAAAGAAGGGCCACCAAAAACAUCAGCGAGGCGGCCGAAAAAGCCUCGAGGUGGCUGUGGAUCAAGAGGGGAGACACAUGGAGUAGCACGCUGCUUGGACACAAACCGGGGCCUGAUCACCCCCGGUUGGGUCGCCUAGGUGAGGGUGUCUGAAGAUCAAAGACCCGAAACACCCAAUGACCCUAGGUCCUUCACUGAGGAUGUGUCCAAGCCGCACCCUUGAGGUGUUUCAUCAAUCUAUAGAAUCAAGAAUCCUUAGGAAUUAGGAUCGAAAAGACGAAUCAGGAUUCAAAAGAUACCCAACCCUAAUGUUGAAUGAAUUAAUUUUGGUGCAGAUGAAAGAUUUAAAAGAUUUUUUUUUUCACUUUUCUUGAUAUUGCAAUACAUUUUCCUUAUUUCUGACAAAUUACACAGGAAUCCUAAUGAUAUACAUUCAAUCUAAAUUAGGAUUGCAAAAUUACAGGUUGACUGUAUAUGUAGUAAUGCAGACUACGGUUAUUUUUUCGGACCACCAGCCAGGUAAUUGAUAUGCUCAUAAAAAUGUCAAUUUUAUUUUGGAAUUAUUAAAUUUGAGGCUUCAUCUUCUCUCUUCAAUUGCUAUUGUUCAAUCCAGGUUUAAAGCCGAAAUAUGGGCUGAAUCCCAAUUGUAUUCACAAUUUGCGUUCACAAAAACCAUGUGGUGUCCCAAUUCUCCUUGAAUCAAUGGGUAAAGACUCAGUGCUGAGGGAUUUGAUUGGCAGUUUGAUUUUGUUCUAUUUUUCCACCCUGGGAUGACAGCUUCUGAUUGGUCCUGGUGUGCUGUGUGAUGUAGCAAAAGGCUGACUUCAGUUGGAUCUCCUGCAGGAAUGACACAUAAGCAUCAUUGAUGGGGUACAGCCAUUCAGUCAUUGGAAAUACAAUAAUAAGAGUAAUACUGCUGUGGUAUUGUAAUAGUGUGCUGAAAACAAAUAUUGAGUGACGGUAAAAAUAAUACAUUAUAGCCAAAAUUGUAUUAGAUUUGUUUCUCGUUUUUGUUCUACUUGUUAUUACAUUGUUUGGUCAAUAGGGGGUGUUUUGGUUACUCUGAUGUUUGGGUAGAAAGGGAUGACUUUCAGGUGACACUACCAGAAGUAAGUCUUUGAAUGUGGUGGUGGGAAAAAAUGUUGUAUUUCAGGGAUUUAAACAAGUUAGACAGUGUGCUGCAAACUAUUAACUUUUAAUGGAAGACAAUAUGGCGGCAAGUAUGAAUUUAACUGAAAUACAUGUGUGAUGGUUUGUAAUUGACUUUACCGAGGGCAAAGUAGCCACACAUCAGGCGGAUCUUCUGGUAGCAAGUAGUAACUAUCUUGGAAAAUGUUUACAUUUGUAAAGUCAAGUCUGUAAAGUCAAUUCUAUAACCCAAAUAUUAAAGACGUUAGAGUGUGUUUUGUACCGCAAACCAUUGCAUUAACACCUACCGACUUGGACAAGUAUAACCGGACUAUAAAAUAUAUAAUAACUUAGGCUGUGGAAAUCUGUAAUGGCAAGUCAAGAGAGUAUCCAUUUACAUGUUUUGAUAAUCAAAAAAUCCAUAUAAUAUUUUUCAUGCAUAUGCAUCACACUGCAGUGCAGCCUGAUGGUGUGUAUUUGUUUUUGCCCCACACUAA